GAACAUGAUUCGGUGUCACCAAAAUCCCAUACACUGAGACAGUACCCGCUGGUAGCCAUAACCAGCCGCUUCAGCACCGAAGCCUCGUCUUGCGCAGCUAUUAAUGUCUGCUCUAUGUCUGCCUGUCCUACUUUCCUCUAGUCCUUGACCAUGAUGUCGAAGAUGGCUCUCAAAGCCUUGGUAUUGGCCCUGGUCUUCAACGAACUCUACGCAGCACCAGCUCAGGUGCCUCUGGAUAUACCAUCAACUCAGUAUGCUAAGCGGAAGCUGCAAGGGCGAUUCCUGCACAUCACGGAUAUGCAUCCAGACCCAUACUAUCGUCCUGGGGCCUCGGAAAAGUCUGCGUGCCAUAGGAAGAAACCGAAGAAGGACAAGACUCGCGCUGGCUAUUACGGGACGCCAUUUAGCGAUUGUGAUUCACCGUUCACCCUGACCAAUUUCACCCUUGACUAUCUGGAUAAGAAGUGGACGUCAGACAUCGACUUCGUCAUAUGGACGGGUGAUAAUGCCAGACAUGAUAACGAUCGCAAGCUACCUCGGACGCCCGACGAGAUUUAUCAUCUGAAUCGGGUCCUUGCUAACAAGAUGCACGAGGUAUUUCUGAGCAAGGGUAUUCCCGUGGUACCAAGUCUAGGGAAUAACGAUGUAUGGCUGCAGAAUAUACUGAUGCCAGGCCCCAAUGAUAUCACGCAUGAGUUCUCCUCCAUCUGGAAAGCAUUUAUACCAUUUCCUUCUUUGCAAGUCUUUCAACGAGGAGCGUAUUUCUCCACUGAGGUGAUCCCGAAUGAAAUAGCUGUGGUCAGUCUAAACACGAUGUACUUUUACGAGCGGAACAAGGCUGUGGGAGGCUGUGAGUUUAAGGAUAGAGAUGAUCCUGGCAACUUGCAGCUGGAUUGGCUGGAUGUCCAGCUGGACGCGUACCGGCGCAGGGGUAUGAAGGUGUGGAUGUCGGGACACGUACCCCCUUCCCCGGGGAAUUACUUUCCGGAGUGUUAUGUUCGUUAUGCCGAAAUGUCAUUGCGGUAUCAAGAUACGAUACUGGGCCACCUGUUCGGGCACAUGAACGUGGACCAUUUCACGCUUAUCGAAGCGCGAGAUCUGGAGAUCCCAGCGGAGGAUGUGCAGGGCUCUGCCAACCGGAGCUCACCUAUCAGCGUUCUGAAAAAGAAAAACAGGCUGUACAAGGAACUCAUUGAGGACUUCUCCGACCUUCCAAAGUCCAAGAAGAUCGACUAUGAUGAAUAUGCAGUCGUGAACAUUUCACCUUCCGUCGUUCCGAACCCGUAUUUGCCUUCGUUCCGCAUCUUCACUUACAACAUUACGGGAGGGCCUAAGAAAUACCUGGACUCUCAAAGAAAGGGUCACUAUCGCGGACCUACCAUGGAUAGGAAGAAGGCGUGCAGAAAAGGCUCAGCGUACCAGGACACCUGGUGGUGCCAGCCGCACAAACCGUGGCACUCCGAUGCUGAUGCGCCAUCACGGACAAACGCUUUGUGGGCUCCUCUAGGUUAUGCACAGUAUAAUAUUCGCAGGAAGCGACUAAACUCGUCCAGCAAAAUACGAAAGCCCGGGUUCAAGCUGGAGUACAUGACGUUCCCCGUGGACGCGCUGCAUCCGCCAGCAGACGCGGUGGCCCCGGGCAAGUUUAAAUAUCCCAUCCCCCUGCAUCACCUGCCGCGAUCACUGCGCAAUAGCACGAUCACGGAGAGCAAAUUCGCACCGUAUCAGAUGCGCGAUUUGACGAUACCGUCGUGGGUGGAGUUGGCGCAGAGGCUGGCGCGUCCGAAGAAAGAGGAGAAGCUGCGGAAGCGGUUUAGAAAGUACAUGUACCAGGGGGGCCGCGAGGGGUAAGGAGGCUGUAGGACAGAUCAGACGUACCGUACAGCUGGUGAUAUGUCGGGCCUGGAAAGGCAGAGGCUGCAGAGCCGGA